UGGGCGGGGUCUCGGGUCGGAUUGACAGCUCGUUCCGUCCCCGGCCGCUAGCAGCUCGGUGCUUCUACUACCGGCUGUUUGAAUGAUUUAGCGGGCGACAGCGAAGACAAACUGGGUUACAAAUGUCUUAAAAAUCGUGAUACGCUUCAUUCUGAAAGGGAGACGCGGUAGUAAAGAGGUGAGAGACUGAGCGGGCGAGCGAGGUAGCAAGUGAACACACAGAGAGAGAGAGAGAGUCUGGGGCCAUGGACCAUCAUCACCAGAGACAGAGGACUCUGUCCACGUCAGGAGAGUCACUGUACGGCGUGCUGGGAGUGGACAAGAACGCCACAUCAGAGGACAUCAAGAAGUGUUACAGGAAACUAGCUUUGAAGUUUCACCCGGAUAAGAACCCGGACAACCCAGAGGCAGCUGAAAAGUUCAAGGAAAUAAACAACGCACACUCCAUCCUCACUGAUGCCACCAAGAAGAACAUCUACGACAAAUACGGCUCGCUGGGGCUCUACGUGGCCGAGCAGUUUGGAGAGGAGAACGUCAACACUUACUUUGUUCUGUCCAGCUGGUGGGCCAAGGCCCUGUUCGUCUUCUGUUGCCUGGCCACAGGCUGCUACUUCUGUUGCUGCCUGUGUUGUUGUUGUAACUGCUGCUGUGGUAAAUGUAAACCUCAGCCGCCCAUGGACCAGGAGCCCGAGUUCUACGUGUCCCCCGAGGACCUGGAGGCCCAGAUGACUGCCGACGAGAGAGACGGCACUGAUCAUCCCAUCGUUUUACAGCCGUCCUCAGCCACAGAAACGACCCAGCUGACCUCCGACCCCCAGCACACCUACAAAACGGAUGCCUACUAGACGCACAGAGACGACAGUUAGCAGCAUUUAACAACCAACAAACACAAACGGCUUCCACCACAGUGACACACAAGUCCACAUAACACACGCACGCAGCAGCUGACUGUGUGCAGACCUGCCCUGCACGCCAUGUGGGAGUGUAAAUCAACCAUGAUGGUACUGAAAGGCGCCGAUUCAUCUUUUUUAAAAUACUUUUUAAAUUGAUUUAAAAUUUUUAAAAAUACCAUGAAAAACUAAAAUAUUUCUCCACAAACUGCAAGGUCAAAACCAAUGAAACCAACAAACAAAGAAAAAUUCUAAAUAAUAAACACCAUAAAAGGUCAAUGUGGAAUAUUGCAUCAGAGGUAGUCGGUGUGGAAACUAAAAUGUCAGUCCAUGUUGGCCCCUUUGAAGAGCCUGAGGGCCUUCAUUCCCAGUGGUGCUUGGAACCUCCCAAAAAGUGAUUCCAAAUGUUGAAAAAUUUGAGGGCGGUUGUCCUUCAGCCAAAAGCUUUUAUUACCUCAUUGUAGAGAAGAUCCACUAUGCUUCUGAUUCAAAAUAGAACCGUCGGGACAGAGUCCGAAAGUCCAGUGGAGGAGAGUACAUCUCCGAGCACCAAACGGUAGCACUCGCAGCAGCGUUCAAUGCAGUGAGUUGAACCCCUGAUAUACAAAAAAUAGAAUCCAGGGGCAGUUUCUUCAUAAAAAUACCAUCAGUUUCCCAACAAACCUCACUUCAGAAACAUUUAUACGAGGACAUUCAGAAAUGCAGUGAAAAUACGAACUUUUACCAGUUUUGCACUUGUUACAGUAUUCUGAAAGUCGGAGGCUCUUGGGUCACAUAGCGUUCCUCUCAAAACCUCCGGUGCUGUGAACUCUGGGGUUCCACAGAAGGUGGUACACAGCACCUGCGUGAGUUAACUCCGAAAUCCAAGCACAAAAUGUGCGAUGCGGUGAGACGCCUCGCGAGUCAAGUGAGGGAAGAGCGCCACCCAGCGAACAUCAUGCAAAAUCAAGCGGUUUCCCUCACAGUUGCUGUUCGUGUGCCGUCGCACCCCAGUGAGAUCGAACCUCUGCUCAGCAAAUGCAGUGCAGUCAUACAACUCCACAGGCAGUCUGUGUUCUGGAGAGCCGAGGCCAAGAAGACAGUAAUGGCUACAUGGAUGGGACACCCCGGUGUUAACCUGCACCAAAAUGAUUGACCUCUGGUUGACUUUUUCCAAGAACAUUCUGGAAUCCAUCUAAGUGUAAGCAAGGCUUAUGUAUUAUUGUAAGUUUUGAAUAAUAAGUUAAAGCACAAAAUGUCCAAUUUACUAGUUAUUGUCAAAUAGAGCUGGAGUGACCAAACAAGGCAAACCUUAUAUUAAUAAAGAAAUCUUAAAAUACAAUUCUUAAAAGAGAAAAAAAUAUUUAAAAAAACAACUUCCAGCAGAGCCAACCAAUCCGGACCCAACCUAACAUCCACCAAUCCGCGGACGUUUUCCCACUGUCAGCUUAGGGGCGUGUCCUGCUCUCCUCCGACAUGGCACGACGCACUCUCUCAGCCGAGGGAAGGCUCUUCCCCGGCUGUGGCACGUAACGCCCCUCGUCGCUCGUCUCUCCUCCUGGCGUCUCUCUCCGUCACCUCGCCUUCCGUGCACCUACACACACACACACACACACCCAGGCCAGCGAGCACACAACUCCGUCCCCGCGGGAAACUCCAACUUUCUGCUUAAAAAGCACCACCUCACAAACACAUGAGCGCGUACUCACAGACACGGCAGGGUUCUCCCCUGCCGCUGCGGAUAAUCCAUGUUUAUGGCGUUUCUCCGGUGCGAGCGUUCAGCUGGAACCAGUAACAUCAACGUCAACACGACUCCCGUUAUCCAGUCACUCUCCUCACCAGCUGCUCUUCAUGCCUUCCGCCACCAGAUCCUUUCCUCUCUGUGAAGUGAAGUGGAAUGAAGUGAAGUCCACCCCUCACACUACAAAACCCCUUUUUAUAUCCACCACUUCACACUCCAGGUGAGCUGAUUGCAAAGAUCCAAAAGAAAUUAGGUGCGCCCACAGUUACCAUAGCAGCCAUCAAGGAGCGGCACUCCAAAAUCCAACCAGCAAAUAAACUUCCCCAAAGGCUGGAUUACAUCCCCCCCCCACUUUAUCGUUGCCAGUCCCUGCAACGCACACAAAACUAAUCAGGAUAACGGGCCGGUGGUCGGCCAAAGUUUACACGAGUAGAGCGGCGAAGCACGUCCUGGGGGGCAUCCAACGGUCGCUGCUCAGGCACAGCUGGGUAAAACCCAUACCACACAGGGGUUCCACAUCCCAUCCCCUGAGGGGUCCAUCCUUUAGUUGAUAAUCCAGACUCAGCCUGAGGUGUGGUGCACACCUUUAAAGCGUUCCUGUGCACAGUCUGCUCAUGCCCCCCUUUCUCUGGACGCACCCUAUAUACAACCCCAGUACUCCCUACACAAUCCAAGAUUACAUAGGGUUCAGGGUCCCACCAAGUACUUAACUUACCCUUCCCCUUGCGACGUCUAUUCUGCAUCCACAUGCGUUCCCCAGGUACCAGAGGCAAGGCUUUAGCACUUUUAUCAAACUGACAUUUACGCUGGGAGGCCUCACUAGCUGCCCUCUGACGUGCAAUGUUAUAGGCCGACAACAGUUUGCAGUGAUGAUCUUUUACCCACCCCGUCAACCCAAACGAUAAUUGCUCAGAACUCACCCCAAGACCCACAUCCACAGGGAGCCGUAAAUGCCUACCGAACAUCAAAAACGAAGGAGCAUAACCCGUCGCACUAUGCACUGUAUUGUUAUAAGCAUGAACCAACUCAGAAAUGUAGUUUGGCCAACUCCGCUGCCUCUCCUCUCCCAAUGAACGGAGCAUAUUCAGCAACGUUUGGUUAAAACGCUCCACACCACCAUUACCCGCCGGAUGAUACGAUGUUGUCCUACUAUUGCCUAUCCCAUACAAUUCACAUAAGUGUUCCAGAUUUGUCCCAAAUCAGGUUGAAAAUCAAAUUGCUUGAACUUUGCCCAAAUGUGUUCUUUAAUUUUGGGGGUCAACCUUCAUUGACAUCCCGUGUUUGGUGGAAUUUAUUUAUUUUAAUACAAAACUGUACAGUUAAUGAGUCCACAAGACCCUGUGUGUUCAAGGGGGUGGGGCUUCUGUACAGUUUGCACAGUCAGUUAAUGAUGCUGAGUGCGAACACAUGCAUGCACACACACACACGAGCGCGUCCUACUGACCUUCAGUCCGACUACAAACACCAAAACCUUCACCUGUUUAGAGAGACGUGGAACUCAAGAGAAUAAUUUGUGGAGUUGAGAAGUACGAAUGCAAAGUGGAACAAAACCUGAUACGUCUGCAGUGUCAACUUAAACCCAACAGAAGAAGUGAGAUCGUCCUCACUGGCAGCGACGUGAUCAGAGAAUAACACACACACACACACACACACAAACAGACGAGGCGCCUCCGUUCACUGCUGCUGCUGGAAAACGAAGCUUCAGCCGUCACUUUUCUUUCCUGUUUUGCUGAAUUGUUAUAAUUUUUUUUCUUAAACGUAGUCAUUAACAUCCCAGAUUAUAGCUCAUCUUUCUUAAGAUAGUCGUGGCUGAAUGAUGAAACGUGUGAGAAUGAAGAGGCCACAGAGAAACAGACAGUAAUGAAAUAAAUGACACUACGUAAUGUUAAAGCCGCUGUUCAUGUGGCGGAUUUUUUUUUUUAAAUGUGAGUUUUAAUCUCAGAGUUCAGAUAAGUGGGCGGAGCUAGAAGUUUGAUGACUUUAGGACCUCUAGGUUGUGCUGCAUCUGUGGUUUUCAGUGUGUUGAAUUGUUCCUCAGAUAUCGGAACUUAAUUCUUUCAGUAAAAUUGCUAAUUAGGCAGCGGCCGGCUGUGAAUGCACAUUCUGCUCACAAACAGUUUCAGACUUUAGUUUCAAAAGUUUCAAAGUUUUUGUGCCCCAAGCUCUGCCGGUGUGCGAGGUUCAUGUCAUCAUCCAAACACAGCUUCUGUGAUCACUCUGACAAAAAUGUAAAACCAGAUUGUCAAAUAUUUGCACAGUAAACUGGUUCCAAUCUUGCCCUCAGAACAGGAGUAACCUUGCUCCAGAUUCCGAUAAUAAAGUGUGCAGAGAAAAUCUCUUCACAUUUGGAUGAAACGCUCAGUCCAAGUCUAAGCACGUUCUGAGAAAAUGCGCCAACCAAAUCGCUGUACGUUCUAAUAAAACACAUAGACCAGAUUGCUGCGUGUUCUGAUGAAAUGUGCACAUCAACGCUUCCUGUUUUCUCUGAACGUGCAGAGGUUUGGUUUUGGUGCUUUUGCUCUGUUUUUGCGUAGCCAGCAUUAACGACAGCGCAGCGUCUGUUUUCUUUAAACCUCAUCUUUCGGUCCAGGUUCAGAUUUGGGUUUAAGGUUGUGACUUGUGGCGGAUGCUGCAGAAGCCGCUGCGGAGUCCAGUGUUAUUAGUCAGGAUAGAAAUAGGUCAUGAGUCUAAUCCGCUCACCGGGACAAAGUCGCACUCAGACUUUUUUCUUUUCUUUUAGUUUUUAGUUUUUGAUUUUUGUGACAGAGUUAAAUGCCGUGUCUGUAAUCUCUCUGUUUAGCACUGAUAUCUUGUUUUUUGUAGAUAUGCUUUAUUUGUUUUCUUAUUUAUGGUAAUGAAGGGAGGAUUCUACAUCCAGAGCUUUUUUGUUGUUGUCUGUGCGGUUUCAUAGAUUACACGAUCGUCUGUUUUCACUGAUUAGUUAACAGACCGA